AUGUCACGUGACAGGUGCCUGGUUUUGCCAAACGCUCUUCCCACCUUUUCGUCAAAUCUCGAGUCGCAUCUACAUAGAGAAGACCACACCGUCGACACCACGGAGUUCACACCCUUCUGCGAAGGAUCAUCCCAAAUAUUUACCCCAAUGGCGUACGUGGCUCAUAUAGACUUGUUUGCUUCGAGACUUCUGGAUGAAUCCGCGGAUUUCACCGCGAAGCACUCGGUGUUGUCUGAACUGUGCGAGACUCUGGAGUCUUACCAUGGCAGUCAGGAAAACGAGUAUUUGCUGGGAAAAAUGAUCCCAGCUUUGAUGUCUCAGCUGGAUCUCACUCCAGUGAGCUUCUUGAGCAAUUCUCCGGAACAAAAACUCCGUCACUUAGUUUUGGAGAUCAUUCACAGAAUGCCUACAAACGAGACCUUUCAGCCGUUUGCAGAGACCGUGCUGGAUAAGCUCACAGAAUGUUUGAACGAGGAAAACGAAGAUAAUGGAGUACAGUGCAUGAAAAUCAUCACCUCACUGCACAAAGCGUUCAAAUCCAAUCUUUUUGAAAAGGUACAGCCGUUCGUGGAUUUCAUCAACCAAAUCUACGUGAACAUCCCCGAGGUUGUUCAAGAGCAGUUUGGAUCUGGCGAUUCUGUUGUGGAAGACGAUUCAGAGCUUCUUUCACCCUCAGGAGAGAUUGACGACCAAACCAGCCACCAAUUGGCGAAGGCUACACACUCAUUCAAGACUCUGGCUGAAUGUCCCAUCACGAUGGUAUCGCUGUACUCAUCCUACAAAGAGCUAUUUGACACUUCGUUACCGGCAUAUAUUCCCCACGUCAUCGACGUGCUGACCUUGCAAGCCCCCAAACAGGCCGAGGCCCAUGCUGAGGCCCAGGCUAAGGGCGAGUAUCUGAUAUCCAUUUCGCCAGCCAUUAAGAAUAAGGACGCAUAUGGCGAUUUCAUCCUCGGCCAGGUCAAAGCGGCCUCGUUCCUGGCAUACAUAUUCAUCAGACGGAACACACAGACAGUGUUGAAACAGUACUAUUCACAGAUUCCCGAUCUGAUCAUCAGGUUGCUACAGGAUUGUCCUAGCAAGUUGUCUGCUGCCAGGAAGGAACUGUUACAUGCUACGAGACAUAUCUUGUCAACGGCCUUCAGGGAUAUGUUCAUCUCCAAAAUUGACAUGUUUUUCGAUGAACGUGUUUUGAUUGGUGACGGACUGACUGCCCACGAGACACUGAGACCUCUUGCCUACUCUACGGUGGCAGACUUUGUUCAUAAUGUUCGUUCCAAACUGAGUCCUCCACAGAUAUGGAAGAGUGUUGAGGUAUACUGCAAAAAUCUUCAGGACCCAUCAUUGGCGCUGACUGUGCAGAUCAUGAGUGCGAAACUUCUUUUGAAUCUCGUCGACAGGAUUAUGAACUUGGAGUCCAAGUUUGAGGGAAGACAACUGUUCAUGCUGAUAAUUGAUGCUUAUAGCAAGAGGUUCAAGGCAUUGAAUCGCCAAUACGAGAACAUCAUGUAUCAUCACAAGGACUUUGAGUCCAAGGCCCAUGCCAAGCUGGAGGCCAGGAAGGAGGUGAUUGGCCAUAACAGUAUAUUGCCUGGAGACGAGAAUGCCAGUACUCAGACCGAGAAAGUGCGUGAAGUUAAUUCGAGCGAAAUCAAGCCUGAAGAUGAUCUAAUGGAUAUAGACCCAGAGUCUUCGGCCUCUGACCAGCUGGAUACGCUCAACUUUUUCGAUAUUCAACGCUCAGCUCCGAUUCAGAUCUCGCCUUUGACCCAGGAUCCUUACAAAGAUUCCCGUUAUCUUUUCCGCACUCUCAUGACAUUCUUGAAGUCGGUCAUGUUUGGCUUGAAGAAGUGCAAUCCUCCUCCUUCAAAGGAUUACAACCCCCAGACGUGGAACGAAUCUGCUCGUAUUUUUACGAACGAGGAACUGGAGAUUCUGCGCGAGCUAUACAGAGAAUGUGUCACUGGUUUGAGAUUCUUUCAGAGCUCUACUCCCACUGUUCCUUCUUCUGUGAUGCGCCAAUCGUUCGAUAUAAGCGGCCCAAGCUUACCGAUUACCUCGUCCAAAGAAGAAAAGGAUCUGAUGGAGAUCUUUGCCGCUAUGUUCAUACCCAUUGAUCCAGCCACAUUCAACGAGAUUGUGGAUGCUGAGAUGCCUGCUAUGUACGAGGCCAUGUUGAAAAAUGCCGCAUUAUUGCACAUUCCUCAGUUCUUCCUGGCAAGCGAGGUGACCUCCUCAAACUUUUCAGGCAUUUUGAUAAAGUUCUUGAAGUCAAAACUCGAUGAGCUUGGAGAGGUUGACAUAAUCAAGUCGAACAUUCUGAUAAGACUCUUCAAAUUGUGUUUUAUGUCGGUGAAUCUGUUUCCUUCUGCAAAUGAGACUGUUAUCUUGCCUCAUUUGAACAGUUUGAUUUUGAAAUCUUUGGAGCUGACCACAACUGCACAAGAGCCAAUCGUCUACUUUUAUUUGAUCAGAACACUGUUCAGAAGUAUUGGUGGAGGAAGGUUUGAGGCACUGUACAAGGAGAUCAUGCCUUUGCUUCAGGUGCUUCUGGAGUCACUCAAUAGAAUGAUCCAGACGGCAAGAAGACCUCAGGAGCGCGAUAUCUAUGUGGAGUUAUGUCUCACAGUUCCAGUUAGACUCAGUGUUUUGGUCCCCCAUCUCAGUUACUUGAUGAGACCUCUGGUAUAUGCUUUGAACGGAUCUCAGGAAUUGAUCAGUCAAGGUUUGCGCACCCUCGAAUUGUGCGUCGACAACCUCACUGCAGAGUACUUUGAUCCUAUCAUUGAGCCAGUGAUAGAGGAGGUGAUGGAGGCACUAUGGAGACAUUUGAGACCUCUUCCAUACUAUCACCAACACUCCCAUACAACCUUGAGGAUACUAGGAAAACUCGGAGGACGCAAUCGCAGCUUUAUCUCGCUUCAUAAGAAUUUGGAGGGAGAUACACCCACAAACCAGGAGAUCGAGGCACUGUUUAAGAUAGAAGGUUUCAGAGAAAUGACUCCAGUAUCGAUCUCGUCGGGAAUAACCACCGCAUUAUCAAUCCUGGUUGACCCCAGGUACAAAGCACACUACAGAGUGAACUCGUUCCGGUACCUUUCAUCUAUUCUGAAGCUUUUCAUUGAUUCUGACAACAUCCCCGACGACCUGGCUUCACGGGUAGAGGAGUCCAUUGAUGUUCUACUCUCUGACUCAAAGGAAGAGGAGAAGGAGAAAGACAAGUAUCAGCUGAAGGCAGACCCAGUCAAAGACAUCGCAAAAUUCGAAAGAGAGGAAAAGCUCUUGCUCCGUCUUCUGGAAGCAUUGUUUUACUCUGUGUCCAUCGACGAGGUCAGAGAGGAAGCCCAAGUUCUCAUCAGAGGUAUUUGCAACCAUUAUGUUCUGUUGCAUUUUGGCAAGAACGUUGUGGAAAAGAGAAAGUUCAACAGGCCAUUUUCAGUCAAUAGCCACGAAGGCAAGAUUGCAUUGAGCGAGAACACUAUCUUUGAUGCGAUCUCCUAUGGUUUGAGUUUCUACAUCAAGUCCGUUCGCGAAGAGGCUGUGGAAGCCAUCAAGAUCAUCUUCAAUGCAGCUGUCACUCUGUUUGGCUCCGUCGAGAAAGCAAUUGUAUUUCCAAUGGUCAGGGCCAUGGUGUCAAAGUUCAUCCAUUGCUGUUUUGAGGAGGCUUACUACAACAGACUCGGUGGUUGCAUAGGACUGAAGACGCUUCUGAAUGAUCUGGAAAUUCCGAUAUCAUACUUCGCCUCCAGGCAAUUGGAAAUAUCGAGAGCAAUGUUCUUUGUGCUCCGCGAUACUGCCUCUGAUGUUCCCUCAGAGGUAUGUAAUGUUGCCAAAGAGCUGGUUAUCAAGAUCUUGAGAGACUGCAACAAGGAGCUGUCAAAAGCUGAGGUGUUCCAAAAUUCGUUCCAGGGGAUUGUCAGUUCGCUGGUGUUUGAUUUGAGCAAUGCUAACGAAGUGGUCAGACAGACUUCCCAGUUAUGUCUGCAGACUUUGUCGGAUGUUACGCAGGUUCCAGUCGCAACCAUGAUUGGUCCAUGCAAAAGCAUAUUGCUGGCCCCUAUCUUUGCAAAACCUCUGCGAGCACUUCCAUUUCAAAACCAGAUUGGAAAUAUCGAUGCUAUCACCUUUUGUCUUGGUCUGGAUGAUACCUUUUUGGACUUCAGUAAUGAGUUGACACGUCUCUUGUCGGAGGCUCAUGCUUUGGUUGAUGCCGAAGACGAGUCUUUGAUCAGUGCACACCGCAUAUACGAACACAAGACAUCACAACAGCUCAUCAAGUUGAGAGUUGUUUGCAUCAAGUUGUUAUCUCUUGCACUUAUCAAGCCUGAUUUCUCUAAGAGUGGUCCUCAGAUUCGCAUUAGAGUUCUGUCUGUGUUUUUUAAGGCGUUAUGCUCCAAAUCAACGGAGAUCAUCAAUGCAGCUUACGAUGGGCUGAAGGCUGUUCUUGCUCAGAAUAACAAGCUUCCAAAAGACCUGCUUCAAAACGGUUUACGUCCAAUGCUGAUGAAUUUGUCUGAUCACAAGAAACUGGCGGUUUCUGGUCUUAAGGCACUUUCCAGUCUUCUGGAGCUCCUUAUAUCUUACUUCAAGGUGGAAAUUGGCCGUAAGCUUCUGGAUCACUUGAACGCGUGGGCCCAGCCUGCUACUCUUCAUCAGAUCGCAAAUCAGGAAUUGGAGAAUAAUCCGACCGUCCAGAUCAUUGUUGCUAUUCUCAACAUCUUCUAUCUGUUGCCCCCCAAAGCAUACACGUUUAUGGAUGAAAUCAUGAAGACUCUUCUUUAUCUGGAGGACAACCUCCAUCGCCGCCAGAGUUCUCCUUUCAGAGCUCCAAUUGCCAAGUUCCUGAACCGCUUUUCGGAACAGGCCAUACAAUUCUUCAUCUCCAAAUUUAGCAGUACCUCUUCCAGCACGAGGUUCGUUUAUUUCGUUGCUCUGCCUGAGUGUGAAGCGCUGCUAGAGCAGGCCAAAACAAAUCUACCCGCUCUGAUGCAGUCUAUCACUCAGGAAACAAAGUCUGAAAUCAAGUGUACCAAGUUUGCGAACAUGAUUGGAUUGGUGAACUCGAUCUCUUCCAGAGACAGUGAUUGGUUCAAGGAUCAGAAGCCGUUGAUGGCUGAACUGCUCACUAUAGCCGAGCAAUGCUUGCGUUUCGAGAGAGCCGCUCCUUUGAUGUCUCCGAUUAGAUUCCAAGUUACUCAAUCUGUGGAGAAACUGCAGCUGUUGCAUGUGAGUUUCUUCCGUUUGUGCGGGUCUGGCAGCGAUGAAGUUCUGCCGUUCAUCAACAAAAUCUGUACUCUUGACACUCCUCUAUCAUCUGCACUCGAAGACUAUAUAUUCGAUGAUAUCGUUAAGUCGGCGGAUGCAGAAAAGCGCAAGAACUACCUAUUGGAGUCCGUGAAAUAUGCCACAACUGGUGAAUUUUCUCUGAAGACCCAAAUCUUCCUCUUCAAGCACAUUUUCAACGCUAUAUGUAUCUAUGAAGGGUUGACAACGGGAAAUCUGUACAGCCUUGAAGAAGGCGAUGGUUCUGCUUCCUGGCUGGAUUCGCUACGUGAAAAAAUCUGGUUAACUGAGGAUCAAAGUAUAACCAACCAUACUUCUGGUUCUAUCGAUAGCUACAGAUUCGAGCUAAUGCAAGCUACGGCUCUGGUGAUCAAGUACUCUCCUGAUCGCAUUGCGGAAAAUAAGAAGGAUGUGAUCAAAUUCACCUGGAACUUUAUCAAGCUUGACGAUAGUAUCACCAAACAAGCUGCCUAUGUUGCAACAUCUUACUUCAUUGCCGCCUUCAGCACGCCUCCUGAGAUUGUCACCCCAGUUUUCACAGCCUUGCUCAAGACUCACCACGUUGAUACCAAAUAUCUGGUUAGACAAGCCCUGGAUCUUCUUGCGCCCGUUCUGUCUGAACGGAUGGAACCUACUGGGUCCUCAAUGACAUGGCUCAAAUGGCCUCGCAGAGUUCUCCUGGAGGAUGGUUUCAAUGUGACACAAGUGGUAAAUGUGUACCAGUUUAUUGUGCAACAUUCUGAUCUCUUCUUUGUGGCCCGCGAUGAUUUUAUUCCAAACAUCAUCACGGCUAUCGGGAAACUGACGGUUCUCACGAACACUGCUACUGAAAAUCAGGUUUUGGCCAUUGAUAUGGCUGAACUCAUUUUAGUUUGGGAAACCAAGGCCCGCAAGUUACGAAACGAAAGUGGAGAAGUUCAAGAGGUCAAAGAAGAUGCCGAUGGAGAUCAAGAUAUGGACAGUGGGGCUACUCCUAGUGUCACUUCUGCUCAAUACACUGUGCCAUUUGGUCAAAGAGAAACGUGUAUCACGUUCUUGAUUAGAUACAUUUGUAUCUCACAACAACGUGCCUCAGAGAACGAACUUGGUCAAAGAGCACUGAGGCUACUAUAUGAACUGCUGGGACCAGAUUAUUGGUCAGAAGUCACCGUCAAACUAUCGUUUUUUGAAAGGUUCCUGGUUACUGCAGACUUCAACACUAGCAACGUCUUGGGAUACUGUUUGAAUGCCUUGGAGGUUCUUGGUGUUGCUCUGGAAUGGAAGCAAUCCGAGUGGAUUGUCUCCAACCUGGGAUACCUCCAAAAGUUGUUGGAGAAGUGUUUGCGCUCUGCCAAUCACGAUAUUCAGGAGGUCUUGCAACGUGUUUUGAGAAUUAUUUUGAAAGCCCUCAAUGACGAAUCGCCAGACUCGGAAGAGAAACAGAACGAAGAAGUGAAGAGUUUCUUGGCUUUGCUGGUUAGCAUUGUGUCUGAGGACCUGAACAACAUGAAUUCUGUUGCUGCAGGAGUCACCUUAUCUUGGACUCUUGCAAACUACAAGCCAGAAGUUUUGGACUCGCUCGUACCAUUGAUCAUGCGUACACUCAGCAAGCUGGUCAAAGAUCAUAUAUCUAUCACCAUCCAGGGUAGACAAUCUCAAGCCUCAGAGUCAGCUGCAAGUUCACACACCAGCACAGCCGACGAGGCCAAGAUGACUACAAAACUGCUGGAGAAGAUUCUGAAUCUUUCGGCCAUGAGAAUUGCAACUUUGGGAGACCAAAGGAGAAUAUUCCUUUCUCUUCUUGCCCAGCUCAUUGAUCGUUCGGCAGACAAAGAUCUUUUGCAAAGAAUCAUUGAGAUUGCUAGAUCAUGGGUAUUCUCAAAGACAGAUCUUUUCCCUACAACCAAAGAGAAAGCCGGUAUUUUGGGAAAAAUGAUGGUUUUCGACUUGAAGGGAGACCCUACUCUUUCAAAAGACUUCUAUCAGAUCAUUGUUGACAUCUUCAAGGAUGAAACACUUGAGUUCAGUGAGCUUACCGUUCGUAUGGAGCAACCAUUUUUGGUUGGAACGAAAUUGGCCGAGGUGGAAAUUCGUGAAUCAUUGAUGAGCAUCCUUGACUCAAGUUUGGAGAAAGACAUUAGUAAAAGGUUGUACUAUGUCAUAAGGGAACAGAACUGGGAAUAUCUUGCUGAGUAUCCAUGGUUGAACCAAGCACUGCAAUUAUUGUACGGCUCUUUUGACCUAGAGAAGCAGUUGAAGUUUGCUCCAGGUGAGUAUCAACUCCAGAGUUUGGGCAAUAUCACCGAAACACUGCCUGAUGUAUCCCCCAUUGAAAAACCAAAGCAGUCAAUUCAAGACUUUGUCAGCGCGCAUGAAGAGUUUAUGAAGACUCAUCUGAAGGUAAUCGCUGGCGAUAUCAUUCGUCCGCUUGUGGACAUCUCAUACCAGAGCCCAGAAGCUAUCCACAAUGCUUGGCUCAGUGUGUUCCCUGUUGCCUACAAGUCAAUUGACCGCAGGGAUCAGACUGAUUUUAUGGCGUCUUUGGUAACACUCUUGUCGAAGGAUUAUCACGUACGUCAACAAGAUUCCAGACCAAACGUGAUCAAGUCGAUGUUGGGUGCGGUCGCUAGGUGCGAUGAGCUUCAGCUUCCACCUCAUUUGGUAAAGUAUCUGGCAUCAAACUACGAUGCCUGGUACAACGGUAUUAAGAUUCUCGAGCAAAUCGAGUCUGGUAGUAUUGACAAUCAGAAAAUCAAGGAAGCCAACCGUGAUGCCUUGGCUGAGGUGUAUUCGAGUCUGCAAGAGGAUGAUAUGUUUUAUGGUUUAUGGAGAAGGAGAGCGAAGUACUUUGAAACCAACGUUGCUCUUUCUUAUGAGCAACUUGGCUUGUGGGACAAGGCUUUGCAGUUAUAUGAAACAGCUCAAAUCAAGGCUAGAAGUGGCAUUUUGCCAUACAGUGAGUCUGAGUAUGCUUUAUGGGAAGACAACUGGAUUCUGUGUGCAGAAAAACUGCAACAUUGGGAUAUAUUGACAGAACUUGCAAAGCAUGAAGGAUUCACGGACCUGCUUCUUGAAUGUGGUUGGAGAGUGGCUGAUUGGAUGGCUGACAGAGAGCCUUUGGAACAAUCUGUCAAGGCUGUCAUGGAUGUUCCUACACCAAGAAGACAGAUGUUCCAGACAUUCCUGUGUCUUCAGGGUUACGCGCACCACAAAGAGUCGAUCCAGGAUGUCACGAGAUAUUGUGAUGAAGGAAUCCAGCUUGCCUUGAGAAAGUGGCAUGGACUACCGGAAAGGGUCACAAAUUCGCACGUAUCUUUGUUGCACAUAUUUCAGCAGUAUGUGGAGUUUAUGGAGGCCAGUCAGGUUUACAGCAGUUUGGUCACCACGAACGCUCAGAAUUUAGACGUGAGAUCUCAAGAACUGAAGAGAGUGUUGCAAGCAUGGCGCGAGCGUCUUCCUAAUGUUUGGGAUGAUAUCAACCUCUGGAACGAUUUGGUCACAUGGAGGCAACAUGCGUUUGCUGUGAUCAACAAGGCUUAUAUGCCAUUCAUUCCAACUCUUCAGCAGUCCAACGGUAAUAGUGGAGGAAACUCAUAUGCUUAUCGUGGAUAUCAUGAGAUUGCCUGGGUGAUCAACCGCUUUGCACAUGUUGCCAGAAAACAUAAUAUGCCUGAGGUUUGCAUCAACCAGUUGACCAAGAUCUACACCUUGCCAAACAUUGAGAUUCAAGAAGCCUUCUUGAAACUAAGAGAACAGGCGAAAUGUCAUUAUCAGAAUCCUAAUGAGCUGAAUACCGGUCUUGAUGUUAUUAGUAACACCAAUUUGGUGUACUUUGCUACACAACAAAAGGCUGAGUUCAUCACUUUGAAGGGUAUGUUCUUGGCUAAGCUGAAUGCGGUCGAAGAAGCUAAUCAAGCAUUCGCUACUGCUGUUCAGAUUGAUCUCAACCUGCCAAAGGCAUGGGCUGAGUGGGGUUUCUUCAAUGAUAAAAGGUUCAAGGAGAAUCCUAACGAUCUGUCUUAUGCUAAGAAUGCUAUUAGUUGUUACUUGCAAGCUGCAGGUCUGUACAAGAACAGAAAGACCAGAAGAUUGCUUUGCCGUAUUCUUUGGCUCAUCAGCUUGGAUGAUGCCAGUGGUUCUCUGGCCGAAGCUUUUGAUUCUCAUCGUGGUGAGAUUCCUGUUUGGCAUUGGGUUACUUUCAUUCCUCAGCUGCUAACUUCUUUGUCUCAUAAGGAAGCACGUCUUGUUCGCCAGGUCUUGAUCAGAAUUGCAAAGAUGUAUCCUCAAGCGCUGAACUUCCAACUUCGCACCACCAAGGAGGACUUUGCUGUUCUGCAACGCCAAACCCAACAGGCAAGCCAGAACCAGUCUCAAAGCGCACAGACACAAACCCAAACGCAAUCAGCCGGUCAAGGAUCAGCUGAUAGUGCUCAGCAGAGUUCACCAGCGAAUACAGCGUCCACAGCCAACACUGCUGGAAACAAUGUUCCAGGGAACGUUAAUUCCAACCAAAGUCCGCCAGCUUCAGCUUCGCCUCAAGCAAACUCACAGGGACAGUUCUCUGUCAAUAAUCGCCAACCAUGGGAGCAUGUGGAGGAGAUUAUGGGUAUCUUGAAAACUGCCUACCCUCUGCUGGCCUUGUCUCUGGAGUCUCUUGUUGAUCAACUCAGUCAGAGGUUCAAAUGCGACGCCGAUGAGGAUGCUUAUAGACUUGUGGUGGCCUUGUACAAUGAUGGUGUUCAAUAUUUGAAUAGACUGGGCAAUCCGAAGGAAGAUGCCAGAUUGCCACCUUCAACAGAGGCGAACAUCAUUCGUUUUGCUGAUUCCGUUUUGCCUGAGCACAUCUUGCCUGAGUUUGAAGCCGAUGUUAUAGCAAGCAAGCCUAACCUGGAGACUUACAUCUCCAAGCUAAGAAAGUGGAGGGAUUGCUUGGAAGAGAGAUUGGACAGAGCCUUUGGUAAGAUAAAUCUGGAGAGGGUUUCGCCUCAUUUGAGCCAGUUCCACCACCAGAAGUUUGAAGAUAUCGAAGUUCCUGGGCAGUACUUAUUGAACAAGGACACCAAUAGCCACUUUAUCAAGAUCGAGAGGUUUAUGCCUACACUGGAUUUGAUCAGAGGACCUAUUGCAUGCUACAAGAGAAUGACUAUAAGAGGUCAUGAUGGUAGUCUCCAUCCGUUUGCUGUUCAAUUCCCUGCUGCCAGACAUUGCCGCAGAGAAGAGAGAAUAUUCCAGCUUUUCAGGAUCUUCAACGAUGCUCUUUCGAGAAAAGUUCAGAGCCGUCGUCGUAACAUUCAGCUCACUUUGCCAAUUGCCGUUCCUUUGUCUCCUCACAUCAGAAUCAUGACAGAUGAUAGCCGGUACAUCAACAUGCUUGCAGUAUAUGAGGACUAUUGCUGCAGAAAGAACCAGAACAAGGAUGAGCCAUUUGCCUACACUAUUCAAAAACUGCGUGCGGCCUUUGAUCCUCGUUUGCCCAAGCCCGACUUGACCAGUGUGAAGACUGAAAUUCUGGGUGCCAUCCAAUCUAUGUUGGUUCCAUCCACGGUGUUGAAGGACUACUUCACAGGAAACUUCCAGAACUUCCAGGAUUUCUGGAUAUUCAGAAAGCAAUUCUCGUCUCAAUAUGCAUCCUUUAUCUUCAUGACAUACAUGCUAUGCAUCAACAGUCGUCAACCUCAAAAGAUCCACAUCAACCAGGGUUCCGGUACAAUUUGGACUUCCGAGAUGCUGCCUUGCAAGUUUGCUAGUGGCAGAACCCACAGCACCGCCUAUGCUAACAGUAGCUUGGAUGUCUCUGCUCAACGUGCUUCUCCUCUAUUUUUCAACAACGAGUCUGUUCCUUUCCGUUUGACUCCAAACGUUCAGAAGAUGAUCGGUGACUCUGGUCUGGAGGGCAUUCUGUCCACCUAUAUCAUGGUCAUCGCCCAGUGCUUAUCUGGUCAAGAGUUCGACAUGGAACAGUACCUGAGUUUGUUCGUGAGAGAUGAAAUAAUAUCUUGGUUUGCUCAACAACACCGUCCUAAUGCUCAAGAUCCUCAGCUUCGUGAAAUUGUCCGCGUCAACGUCGAGUCCGUCGUCAGACGUGUAUCCCAACUUGGUCAGAUGGGCAAUGGCCAGAACAUUGCGUCUCAACAUGUGUUGAACUUGAUUUCUCUGGCUGUUAACCCAAGAAACCUUGCAACUACAGAUACUCUGUGGAUGGCAUAUUUCUAA